AGGGGCUGUCUUUUUAUACUUAGGAUUUUUGAAAUAUAUGUGUGUGGAUGUUUUGUCUGCAUAUUUGUCUGUGUACCACAUGUGUGUCUGGUGCUCAAGGAGUCCAGAAGAGGGCUCUGAACUCCCGGGACUGGAGUUAGACAAUGGGAGUGCUGGGAAUCAAACACGGGUCCUUUGGAAGAACAGCCAGUGAGUGCUCUUAACCGCUGAGCCAUGCUUAAGGUUUUUUAAAAAUAGAUUUUCACUAUGGAAUUUCUCUAGUCAAGCCCACUUUAGUGUUCAAAGGAGGUGCUUUAAGCCUUUCUGGGAUAGCUAAGCUCUGAUGCUGCCCAUCUCUUACAUAGGAUAGGGUGGUCACCCUUCACCAGGCCUAGUAACAGGAUUGUAACCCUAGUUGUUGAGGAGGGUUGGAAGUUUAAGGACAGCUUGUAUAAUUUAAGGUCCUGUUUCAAAAAGUCAGAAGUCUGUGGUAGAGCAGUUGUCCUGCACAUACAUGUUGGACUCCAGGUUUUGCCUCCUAGUACAACAAACUACCUACCAUGUAAACGUUCCUUAAAUAGAAUAGGUUGUUUUAGGGAAUGAAGGCAUUUCUUUCAUGUUGUGGAUACACCCCCAGCAUGUGCCCCCAAUCUGUGGAUAGAGGCUGGGUGGCUGUUUAGGUAGUGUCUUUAAUUGCCAGCUCCAGAGCAAACAGCAGUCUGAGGCGGUAUGCUCGGCCAGCCCUGUGCCUGAGGCCCUGCCGGUCUGUCAUUCUGAGGGAUGAGGUGCCCUCUUCUUCUCUCCUUAGGAUCACAUUUCACAUUUUCAUUUUGGGAACUCUGAAAAAUACUGCUCUUAGUGAGCCUGGGACUUCCUUUUAUGGGGCAGUAGAGGGCUGAAGACAAAGGAUGAAAGGGAGCUGUGGCCUGAACGUUGCUUCCCUCGAAAAGUGGAAGCCGGGAAAAUCCCAUAGGAAAACAGCUAGUUCCACAUCCAGUCACUUCUGGAUGGCGUUCGCCGAGGAUCAAAACUGAGUGAGAGCACCUCACUGAGGGACUCUUGUCCUGUGGAUUGAACUGGCCUGUUGGGGAAAUGUGGUUGUCUUUGAUUUUUCUGAAGGUCAGAUAACAACUUAGUUUCAGUUUGGAUAGCUUCCAUAGGAGUGACUCCGUUUUGAUCUCUGAGCUGGAAGACCAUGGCUUCUGGACUUUUUCUGACUGUGUCCUUACGAUGUCUCUCAGCUGUGUCCUCCCACUAGAGAAUGGUAAUGUGGGGUUGAUGUGAUUUGUGUGUGCUGCUUUGUUUUGUGGGUGGUCCAAAAUUUCACCCUUAAACCAUUUGUAAGAGUUAGUGUCCUGGAAAAACUUUUUUGUAGAGUUUGAUCUUUGGGGCAGCUAACACGGUUUGGACUGACUUAUUUGCAGCACUUUUUUUUCCUACUGUGUUAGAAAAAACAUGAAGGGAGCCAGGCAUGGCACACACCUGUAAUCCCAAUACUGAGGGAUGGAGGAGGCAGGUGGAUGAAAGUUUCAAGCAACACAGACCUAUAGUGGAGAAUUUGGAGGUUGGAAAUGAUAUCUGCAUGCACAUUAGUAGAACCUCAGUUUGAUAGAGGAUAUUUAAAAACGGGUAUUUUAUUUUCAGCCAAACGUCUGUUUUUCUAGCUGCUUUGUUGAGUUUGGAAGCCUGGUGUUGUGUAAAACAUUGUUCAGUACCUUCUUCUCUGGGUGAAGCUCACCUCUGCAGCAGUGGACAUUGACCUGGAGGGGAGACUUUAGAGCCUUCAGCCCCUGAGCUGCAGCCUGGGAGGAAGGCUGUCUUUCUCCAAACUUUAUUGACUUGUAGAGUUCCUUCCUCGGUGUAGUUCCAGAACCACCGCUGGACAAGUCAGUGUCGAUCCCUUCCCCUUCCUUCCCAGCUUUGCCACAGUUAACUAGGGUCAGUUUUGUCUGCGCCAUGAAGUUAAACAGCUCGCUUGGAAGUGUCUUCAUACUGAAUGUCGUUUAAGUUGUUUUUACUGGGUACCUAAUUUAAAAUAGUCCCUAGUCAAAGUUAGAGAGAUUGCUCAGCUGUUAAGAGCACUUCUGCUUUUGCAGAGGACUCCUCUCUGGUUCCCUGCAGCCAUACGCUAGCAAACAGAUUUGUAGUUCCAGUUCUAGGGACUUCAUUGCCCUCUUCUGGCCUCCAUGGGCAUUGCUUGCACAUGGUGCACAUAUACAUACAUACAUACACACACACACACACACACACACACACACACACAUAUAUACAGGCAAAACAUCCAUGAAUGUAAGAUAGAAAUAAAUCUUUUAAAAAAAUAGCAGGACUAAAGUAAAUAAUGAGUUUGUCUGUACAAUCUAAUAGUGUAUAGAGAAGUCAUAGUUAUGGUUAUAGUGAUGGGUUUAUGUGCCCAAGAGCAUCUGCGAAGAGGAUGGUGUGCAGUAGGAAAGAAGAGUUGAGGUGGUGGGUGGGACAGAGUUGACAUUGGUAGCAGUUAAUAGUCUUCAGGGAGAGGAAUUUAUGCAUUCAUUCAUGCUUUGAAUUCCAGCUGAAAGUCAGUGGAUGUUACCUUUACUCCCUGGAGGCCCUAGUACCUUAUCAGGAGCAGGCCAGAGUUCACUAUAGUUCAUUCUUGGUGCACAGUAACUCCAGUGGACAUUGAGAUGUAAUAACACCUGUGUAUCAUGUGUCAGAUACUUAUAUGAGAACAAAUUUGGGGCCAGAUUUUGAAUACUGUAUUUUACAUGAAUGUAGUUGGUAUUUAUAGUAGACUUUUGUUAGUAUUAUUCAAGACUGUGUUUCACUGUGUGUGGGACAUUGAACCAUGCCAGGAAACUUGGUGAAGUAGAGCCGUUUUGAGAACCCAGUAUCCUCCUGAGACGCUAGGUGCCUCCCUGCUCCCAGCCAGAUUCCUGGCCUAGAACACGCAAUUAUUCUCCCCAUGGAGGUCAUGUAGCCCAAAACUGGUUCCUCUAUGCUGAUGAGGUACCUAGAGAUUCUGGAGGUUUAGCCAAUCAGCUUCCCUUCCUGGACAUUCCUCCCUGCAAAAUUUCUGGUCCACCCUGAGAAGUUGGUAUGCAUCCAUUUUCCAUGAUGAACAGUCAGUUAAUGGUAUGGAUAAACAUGGACUGUCUCUUCCAUCAAAACCUCCCGUGGGGAGAAGGCCUCUCUGCGCUUCCAGACACCUGCCUGCCAUCACUGAUGAGCUAAGCUGGAGUGCCCUGGUUGUUGUUCUCAGCCCUCAGUCGCAGCCCGUGGGUCCCCAGUCCUUCAUUCUUGACUCUUCUGUGCAGCACCCCACUGGUGACUGGGUGCUGGGGGUCAGGGAACCCCAAUUUCGGCCUGCCCCAUCUUAGAUUUUGUUCUCCCCCCCCCCCCAACCCCAACCCCUGUUUAGGUAGUCUCAACACUACCCUAAAGCCCAGCACCAGAUGGCGGUGUACAGGGAGACUCGGGCAGCAAGCACUCCCUGCAUUUUGCCUCCCUGUGUUUUUAACCACUGAGCCACCCCCCCCCCCUUUUUUUUAAAGUCAGCAUCUCUCGUAGUCCAGGCUAGACUACCAUGUUCUGUCCAACACCUCAGCUGUGAGGCAGAACGUGGACCCCCAGCUGUGUAGCCCUUGCUUAUCUGGGACUCUCUCUGUGGAACAGGCUGGCCUUGAACUCAGAAAUCUGCCUGCCACCUGGCACCCAAGUGCUGGGGCUAAAGGAAGCCUCCACAUGUUGUCAGGUGCUUAAUUUUUUAGGACAGGAAACCAUAUUAUUAACAUAGGACCAGGACUAGAUUUAUGUUGUAGAGCACCAUGAAAGGUGGGUGGAACUCUUAAUUAGAGUGUCGAUGAAGUCAGCUGAAGCUGAGAAGUUGGUCUGGACUCACCAGCAUGUUCAUGUCAUUUUGAAGUAGAUCUAGUCAGUGUGGGCAUUAGUCACAUUUUGGCACAGUAAGAGAAAAAACAAAGGUUGUUUUUUUUCUAAGUACUGAGGAUCAGGCUUUGUGAUGAACAAGGCCUUGAGACUAGUAAGUAUUUAAACAAAAUACUUUAAUAUAUCUUUAAAGUUUUUUUUUUUUUUCAAGAUUCAUUCAUUUUAUGUAUGAGUUCUCUAUCUGCAUGUACACUUGCGUGCCAGAAGAGGGCAUCAGAGCCCAUUAUAAUUGUAAGUCACCAUGUUGCUGGGAAUUGAACUCAGGACCUCUGGAAGAGCAGCCAGUGUUUUUAACCACUGAGCCAUCCCUCUCCCAACCCCCUUUUUUAAAAGUUAGGAUCUCUCAUAGUCCAGGCUAGACUCAAACAUGUGUUCCUCCUGCCUACACUUCCCAAGUGCUGAGAGUGUUGGAUUCCAGGUUUACAGUCCCAUGUCUGUAGUUUUGGCCUGUGGUCAUUUUAUUGUAAAAUUCAGGCUUUAUGUCUUACAUUGGGUUUGUCAGUCUCACUGUAUACUGACAUUGCUACAACUAGCUUGAUUUGGGUCCUGACCCAGGUAAUAGGGAAAGAAUAUUUUUUUUCCCUACUUGUGAUGGUUCCUGGGAUUUGUCACCAUGACAGAAUUGACAGUCACCUGGGAGAAAGGCUCUGAGCUUUGUGCAAGAUGAUCUUAAUGAAGUUACUUGCUGUGGGGAGACCCACACACUGCAGCUGGCAUGGGUUCCUGACUGAGAUCUUGGACUGUAGAAAAGAAAAAAGAAAAAAGGGAACAGAGAGCAGAUGCAUUCAUCUCUGGUUCCUGAUUGUGGGUCACGGGGCCCUGUGGCCAGCAGCUUCAGCCUCCUGCUACCUUGAUUUGCGUUUAUUCCCUUGAACUCUGAGCCAGAUAAACCUUCCUCCCUCAAGUCGCUGUGUCAGGAUAUUAUUCUAUCACAGCGGCAGACCAGAAGCUGUGGUGUCAGGAUAUUAUUCUAUCACAGCAGCAGACCAGAAGCUGUGGUACUCUGCAGUAGUCUUUUUUCUUGUAUGUGUGUGAGGUUUACUUAGCUUUCAUCUCAAUUGUACACUCCUGGAAUUUUUUUGUAAUAUAUCCAGUGUUUUAAUCACACAGUUCUUUUCUUCAGCUUGUCCCAACUUGAGAGCAUAGUGGGCCUUCACUUGAUAUGUGUGUUAAUGUUAGACAUGUGAGUUUUUCUUUUCUACCGGGAGAUGUCUAGGGUUCAAGUUUAGUUUCCUCCCCAAUGCUUAUGUAGUUUUAGCACCUGUGGUUGGGAGUGGAGUUUAGGGCCUCUCGGCUCUGUUCUGUCCUUGCUACUGCUACUGUCCCGCGUCCGUUGAACUGACUUGGGUCAUACAUACACUUUGAUGCUCUGGAAUCAAGGUUAGUACUUUCAGGUUUCACAUUGAAUUCAUCUUUUUUUCUUUGAUGUUGAAAUGUGUAGUCUUAGCAACAUCAGUGCAAUUGCAUUCCCCCGAAUUGCAUAUGUAGUCGUUUGGAAAUAAAGUUAGUAGAACAGCUGUAGGCUCUGUGACUGACAGUUCUUUAUGUCUUUAUUAGAAACUUAACUACAUCUGUUGUAUUGUUGAUAUUCUGAACCAGAAAGCCAUCUAAAAAUAUUAGCUGACUUGGUAAGAUGACUCUGUAGUGUAAAAGCACUUGUUUAGGCAGACUUGACCACCUGAGCUCCAUCCUUAUGUCUCACAGUAGAAGGAAAAAUAAGCUUCCACACAUCAUGAGACUGUCGUGAGAACACACACACACACACACACACACAAAUAAAUAAGUAAAAGCUCCCUUGAAAAAAUUUCAGUUGUGGUAUAAGUUUGGUUUAUUUGCAUUAAAUUCUUGCUUAGUCUUUACCAGUUCAUAUAAUAUUUUUAAUGUUUGGCUUUUUGAGACAGGGUCUCAUGACCCUCUUGGCUUAGUUCCUCAAAUUCUGGGAUUGCAGACCUGGCCACUUCGUGAUGCCUGUUUUAAUUUUCUUACUGUGUUUCUGUUUGCUUCGCCCCCCCCCCCCCCCCAACAGAUCCCUGUGAACAUUAAUGUAAUUCAGAAUUCAGAACAGUUUUCAGAAGUCAUAGUGCAAUCUCUGUUGGUAUGUCAUCUGUCCUGCCUGUCCCAGUAAUAUGUUUCUGUUCCUUUAGUGUUUGAGUUUUGAAAAUAGAAAAUAGCACAUGUUUUAAUUUCCUUCUUUUAUGCCAUGAGUUGCUUGAUGUCAACGAUUCUGGGGACCCAUGGUGAAGUCUUGGUACUGCUUCAGUGUUUUGUGGAGCAAUGGAUUGUUAUCAGGUAGAAAUGCUGUUUUUGCUUGCCUUCCAUCCUGCUUUAGUGGCUCUUCACUUUGACCAACUUUUGUAGUUUGAGGUUCAACAGCAAAAUUAGCAUGACUCUCAUUUUUUAAAAAAAUUUUAAAUCUAAAGAUCUUUUAAAAAAAGAUUUAUUUUUAUUUCCAUAGAAAUGUGUUUGUCUUAUAGUGUAUUUUUGUCAUGUGUUUGUGGAUCCUGGUGGAGACCAGAAGAGGGCAUCACAUCUCCUUAAGUUACCAGCAGUUGUGAGCUACCUUAAGGAGGUGCUGGGAACUGAACUUGGGCCCUCUGUAAGAGCAGCGCUGGCUCUUAGGUACUGAACCAUCUCCUGGGUUCACUCUUACCAUAGAACCCGACAACUCUGGCAUACUAGUGUUUUGCUGUUUUGGUUUUUUUCCCUUUAAGUCUGGAAUUUCCACUUUUUUUGUUUAAGGAAGUAUGCUAUGACUUUCCUUUGGCAUAUCCAAACUGACAUUACUGUAUGUGUACUCUUAGUAAGUAAAAUAAGAUUGGAACAUGAGCCUGCAGGUUCUGCAGUAGUGUGGAUCUGAGACCCCCUGUGCCUACCAAGUGAUUCCUGUGUGGGUGGUUAGUGUACUGCAUAGGUAGGUGGGCAGAAGGGUUAUUACUCUUCUGGGCAGCAAAGGGCAGGAUUUCAUAACGCUACUCAGAGCAGUGUGGCGUUUACACUGUUUUCGGCCUCAGUUUGCACUGGUGGUUAAGCCGCCCGAGGGAAGCCUGUGUACCUUUCCUUCUGCCUUCUGAGGGGAAGAUCAGGGAUCUUGGUAUUUGUUGCUUUUCUAUUUAAAAUUCCUUCUCUUCCUCUGGAUGUUUUGCUCAGGCCUUACUUUGUUGGGUGUGAAUUGGAGUGGAGAUGUGUCUGGUGCAUGCUAUAGUCAUGAGCAGGUUUCUGCAAUUCUUCGUUUAGUCCUCAAAAGUAGUGUUACUUUGCUUGAUAACAUUGACUAGUUUUCUCAAGAAGGUUGAGUUCUAGAAAAGCAGAGAUUGUUUGAGUUUUGCCCUUAAUUACUUUUCUAGUUCACUCUCUAGGUUCUGAGUACAAUGGCUAGAGUUAACUGUAAGGAACUCAAGGCUGUGAGUUUAAAGUUCUUAGUCCACUGUACAGGUAUUCACCUUGUGCUGAUGGUUGAGUGAACAAUCACCGAUUUUACUCCUUUUUUCAAUGUUGGUAAUUGACCCUGAGGGCCUCCAGGGCAAUCACCACCUGUGCCUACACUUAGUUCGUGAGGUGGAGAGGCUAGAGGGUGCCUGGGUCAGAAACCAGUGCAGUGUGCUCAGCCAUGGUGCUGCUUCUGCACACAUGGGUCUUCAGCUGCUCUGCUUCACAACUGCAGUAGUGAGUGAAGUCUAACCCUGAAGCUACACUACGGUGGAUGAGGGUAUUGACUGGACAGCACCGAAACCUUAAAGUCAACUCCAAUGAGUGGUGUGUGGUUCUCAGAGUCAGCUGAGCUGGAGACCUUGGGAGCUGUUGGGCCAGUGGGAGUGGCCUUUCUGGUCCAGCCUACAGUGACCUACCUCUGCUUCCUCCUUGUUGCCGAAAAUCUCUAAAUGCCCCUGCAAUGAAAAUACAACUCAAUUAAUAUGAAUACACGCUGUGCUCCCAGAUUGGGCAGAUCUACUAUCUUUCCCAUAUGAGAGACCCUUAGAACUUGUGGUUUCUCCAGGCCACUUUCCUUCUUCUCCUUCUUCCCUUUGUCCUCUCCUCUUCUCUCCCCAAACCUUCAGCUCCACCUUCCCCUCUUUCUCUGCCCAAUCACCGGCUCUAGCCUUUAUUUUAUACAUUUAGGUGGGAAGAAGGUUUACAGGAAAUCACCUGAGUGCUGACUCACAGGAAACGGAAUUAACACCAAAUAUAAUUAGCCCCAGGGCUAUCCUCUGGCGUUUUUCUCACAGCCUGCCCCAUCAGUCUUCUAGACAUGUAAUGAAGUGAGUUAUCAGAAGAUUGUACAGUCUUGCACUGUACAAACGAAAAUCUGAGAGAAAUUUGGCAUAAUUGUGAACAGAACAUAUACCCACAAAAGAUGUAUAAAGGUUUGUGUAUUAUACAAGGUGAUUGACAGAUACCCAAGCCCAUGUUUUUGUACAUCUCAGGUGUAGAGCUAAUACACUGAUGAUGACAUUCGUUUCUUUGACAGAUUCUUGCUAUGUAGCUAAGGCUGCUGUGUGGACCUUGCUGUGUAAUCUAGGUUAUCAUCGAAUUAGCAAUCCUCCUACCUUAGCUUCCAAAAUGCUAGAAUUAAAGGCCUAUGCUAUAUUUUACAUUCUCUGUUCUGUAUACUGUGUCAAGUGAUAGUCUGGUUUCUGGUUACUUUAAGACUAAGUUAAGAAAAGCGUUCAAAUGAGAAAAGCGUUCAAAUGAGGGAAUUACCAGGAACAGGAGGAAAGAGAGGCUAGGAGACAUGAAAAAUAGAGUUAAAAACAGGAUCUAACCUGCAAGAGUAAAAUUCUGGUGGCUGAAGUCCCAGGGCUUUUAGUGGGAAAGGCAUCGUUGUGGCAUUUCAAGUAGAUUUUGGGGGACUAGAACAGGGAAGGCCCCCCUCUAUCUGAGGGGUAUGGGAAUUUGAGCACAAUUUCAGGGCAGAUUAGAAAAGGAGAGACUAAUAUAAAAGCACUGUCUAUUCCUGUGCUAAACAAUGGCUGCCUGCAUGCCUUUCUGUCCAGACAGGUCACUUAUGGGAGAAAGGACCUUGCCUUACUGAGCAAGAUCGUUCUUGUGUGUAGCAAAUAAGGUACGAGACAUACCCCCAUGUUCUUCCUGAAAGGCAUCUUGGUUUUCCUUAGGGGGAACUCUCAUUCUCUCUCUCUCUCUAAACAUUAACUCAGUAUUACUUAAUUUUGGACUUACCUGGCUUUCUUCUGAAAAAUUCUUAACUGUAGUAGUGAUGAAGUUAAUUAGUUACACCUGAAAUUUUGACCAGUUGCUGUGCAUAGUAAUCAGUCUACACAGUCUACAAACUCCAAAUGAUUGAAGAUCUCCAGACUCUAAUGUCUUUAGUGUGUAGCUGUCCAUUCUAGCCCUACUGCUGAAUUUCAGUGAGAAUAUCAGCUUCAUCUUACUCCUUUUCGGAUUUUGAUACAUUGUCUGGUGUAGUUCAGGUUGACCUUGAAGCCCUGACUCUCCUGCCUCUGUUUUCAGACUUGGCCACCCUUUGAAUAUCAUUUUCUCAAACAAAUUCUUAGGUUAAGUUUUUAGGUUCUUUAUUCUCUUUUGAUAACUGGUGUGUCUUAGGGUUUUGCUGCUGUGAACAGACACCAUGACCAAGACAACUCUUUUUUAAAUUAUUUUUUUAUUUUUAUUUAUUAUAUGUAAGUACACUGUAGCUGUCUUCAGACACUCCAGAAGAGGGCAUCAGAUUUUGUGACGGAUGGUUGUGAGCCACCAUGUGGUUGCUGGGAUUUGAACUCAGGACCUUUGGAAGAGCAGUCAGUGCUCUUAUCCGCUGAGCCAUCUCUCCAGCUCCAAGACAACUCUUAUAAGGACAUUUAAUUGGGGCUGGCUUACAGAUUCAGACUAUUAUUAUCAAGGUGGCAGCAUGGCAGCAUCCAGGCAGGUAUGGUGCAGGAGGAGCUGAGAGUUCUACAUCUUUAUCUGAAGGCUGCUAGCAGAGUACUGGCUUCCAGGCAGCUAGGAUGAGAGCCUGAAAACCCACACUCACAGUGACACACACCUACUCCAACAGGGCCACACCUUCUAAUAAUGCCACUCCCUGGGCUGAGUAUAUAUCAGCCAUCGUAUUUUACUCCCUGGCCCCCAAAGGCUUGUUCAAGCAUAUGAGUUUGGGGGCCACACAUAAACAACAGUAUAAUGCAAAAUAUAUUUAGUCCAACCUCAAAAGUCUCCAUAGUCUAUAGCAGUCUCAACAAUGUUAAAAGUCUGAAGUUCAAAAUCUCUUCUGAGAUUCAUCCAAUCACUUAACUGUAACCCUCAAAGCAAGACAGGAAACCAGCUGGGCAAACUCUAAACUCUGCAUUUCCAUGUCUGAUGUCAAAGGGGUCGUCAGAUCUUCAACUCCUUUUUCAUCUUUGCUGACUGCAACCAACUUCUUUCUCCUGGGCUAGUUCCACUCCUUGUUAGCAACUUUCCUCAGUAGAUAGUCCACAGCUCUGGCAUCUCAAAGAUCUUGGGGUCUCCAAGGUUACUUCAGUAUUAUAGCUUUUUGUUUCAAUGUCUGGGAUCAGCCUAUCUUCUGGGCUCCUCCAAAAGGCAGGCAUCACUUCUCCAUCUUUGCCUUUUGUAGCACUCUAAGCUCAGGUUGAUCCACUCCAUUGCCGCUGCUGUUCUUGGUGAUCAUCCUAUGGACAUCUCCAAUACGCUGGAGUCUUCUGCCACAACCAGGCUUCACCAAUAGCCUCUUAUAGGCUCUUUUCAUGGUGCCAAGCCUCAACUCAUUUUCAUGACCCCUUCAGUCCUGGGCCAUCAACUGCAACUGAGGCAGCAUUUUCACCAAUGGCCUUCCAUGGUCUCUCACAACCCCUUCAUGCUUUCAAAACCAGUACCACCUGGGUGACUUCCACAUUACUAAGUACAGCUGCAGCACGAGGUACAAUCUUGGCAAUCUCUGGAACAUAGCUUCUUUGUCCUCUCAGAAAACACUCCCCAGAAGAUUUCACCUCAGUGAUGCUGAUCUCUAAUAAAUCACCACUAGCCAGUAUCAGUUGUCCCAGUAGUCCCUUCUAUUCUGUACUCUAAAGCCAGAGCCACGUGUGUGUCCAAAGCCACCAAGUUCUGCUGCUUGCUGGGGCUGGAACAUGGCCCCCUUGUCCUAUUACAUUAUCACCAGCUUUCAGUAUUCCAACUCGUUCUUGGCCCAAGAUUGGCUGUCCUGGGACUUGCUCUGUAGACUGACUUUGAAUUCAAAGAUCUGAUGCCUGUCUCCUAAGGGCUGGGAUUAAAGGUAUAGGCCACCAAGCCUGGAUUUAAGUUUUUCUUCACGUAGAAUUUGUGUUUAGGCUGGCCUUGACCUCAGAGAUCUGCUUGCCUCCUGGGAUUAAAGGCUUGUACUACCAUGCCUGGACCUAAAUUUAGCUUAAACUUGGGGUGGGAUCUUGCCUUAAGAUCACAACUCCCUUAAUUCUAUUUAAUAUCCUUGAAUACAGGAUUCCGCUCCAUUUCCCUUCCUGGUGCCCCUUUAAUACAUGAACCAUAUAUGUUAUAUUUUUCCUUUCUCAGCCUGUUUGGCUUGUUUAAAAUGUUCUUCAUGAGAUUUAACCAGAGAACAAAGUCCAUGAUGGGCGUUUCUGAGACUUCCUUUAUCAAUGCAAUCUGAGUCUCUUCUCCUUAGCCUCAGGCAGACUCUUCAGACUAGAGCAAAAAGUACUCAUCUUCACCAAAACACCACAAAAACAGCUUCUAGGCCAGACAAACAGAAACUCUUCACUGAAGCCUCUUGGCCAGGUCUGUACAAUUCAGAUCACACUCUGUAACAAAGUCUUCUAUAUCCCUUCUAGGAUAGCCCAUUAAGCCCUAUUUAUAAGGACAACAUUUAAUUGGGGCUGGCUUACAGGUUCAGAGGUUCAGUCCAUUGUCAAGGUGGGAGCAUGGCAGCAUCCAGGCAGGCAUGGUGCAGGAGGAGCUGAGAGUUCUACAUCUUCAUCUUAAGGCUGCUAGGAAAAUACUGGCUUCUAGGCAGCUAAGAUGAGGCUUUACAGGGCCACACCUUCUAAUAGUGCCACUCCCUGGGCUGAGCAUAUAUAAACCAUCACAAGGUGGUACUUUAUUUAUUUUAUUAUUAGAGAAAGUGAACUAAAGGCUAUGGAAUCUUUCCUUCAUCUUAACUGACCCCCCCGCCCCCCAGCCCCAAAGAUGUGAAAAAGUAUCUUGUCUCAUCCAGCAGGACCCAGUUAUUCGUGGGUAAACCGCAAACCUGCAAGAGAAAUGGGGGGGGGGGGAGACUAAGGAGGAUUCCUGUCAAGAUCUCAGUUCAUUAGGCUGAAAAGCCAGGUUAUAAGCACACAGCUAGGGGAAAUAGGGAGGGGCUGAGGGGGAAUUAACAAAGAACAAAGAGGCAGGCAUCUGGGGACUUGAAGGCCAAAUCCUAUAGGCGGGAGGCACUGAGUCUUAUCUCUGGAAUGUAGAUUCCUCCUUAACAGUCCGGGGUGUCAAGCUGGGCUCAGCACAUAACUCAUGUCCUUGGAAGUCUUGGGAGUCAGGAAGAGAUAAGGAAGAGAGGACUAUAAUUCAGCUUUUUAGGGUCUUUGGUGCCAGGAAGAGAGGGAGGAGGAGAUGACCUGCUCCUUAACACAAAGCCGUUUGGCUUAUUAGGGUGGGAAACUGCGAAAGGCUUACUUUCUUAUGGUAUGGUCUCCCAACAGUAUCUAGUAGAUAUUUCCAUUAGUUAUGAAGCACAUCUGUUCUAGAAGUUUGACUCCUUCUUAAAGAGAGUCAUAGAACUGAACAUGGAGGGUGUUAAUAGCAUCAAAAGGUUUGGGUGUGUUGUGACCCAAAAUGUUCAGAGAACAGUGAAUGAAUCUGAGGCAUUUGACAGUACUCCCCUGUGUUGUCUGUUACAGCUUUGACUGUGUUGUAGUCUGGUACUGUACUUUUGUUCUUGGGGUUUAGCCAACCCCAGUGUCCAAUUGCUGUCUUUGCUCAGAUUAGAGCUGCUGUAGUUAGGAGUCACAGUGUUUUCACUGUAUAUACAAAAAUUUCUGUUCUUCAGAAAACAAAGACAUUAUUUUCCUACUGUUAUUUCUUAGCUUGUAAGUAUCAAACCAGUGUAGCUUUGUAUUGUAUUUUUGACCUUUAAAGUUGCUGUUUGAAAGGAUUUAUUAAAAAAUGAUUAAGCAAAUUUUGAUUUAGAAUUAGGACAGAACUUCAAACAUUCUGAAUUGGCCCAAUUCUUUGUACUGUUCUUUCGUGUGAUGGUGCAUUCUUUUUUCUUCUUUUAAAGAUUUAUUUAUUUAAUGUAUAUGAGUACACUGUCACUGUCUUAAGACACACCAGAAGAAGGCAUCAGAUUCUAUUACAGAUGGUUGUGAGCCACCAUGUGGUUGCUGGGAAUUGAACUCAGGACCUCUGGAAGAGCAAUCAGUGCUCUUUACCACUGAGCCAUCUCUCCAGCCCCCAGGAAGUGCAUUCUUAUUAGCAUGAAAAUUUGUUUUAAUUUUUAUUAAUAAAAUCAGAGUCUACCAAAUAGUUGUUCUGAAGUAAAUUUCUUUGUGACUCUUCAAUAAAUGUAAUUUGUAUACUUCUAUAUUUUUAUCAUCAGGGUUAUGUAAAAUUUCUCUUGCAAAAGUUGAGGAAGUCCUGAGACACACCUUAACGUCUCUGCUCCUUGCGUCAUUGUGGUUUCAUAAUUCACUAAGUAGCCACAGAGAAAGUACAGUCUUUUAUGAUUAUAGCUUUGUGUCAGAAAAGGAUACAAAGGACCAGCCAGAGGAGGUCCUCAGAGUAAAGUUGUGAGGGCAUCCUCCUGUGGAGUCAGGUCAGAUGACUCCUGGCACAGCCAUACACUAGUAUAUGGAGUGCUGUCAGUCAGCAGAGCUCACAUGACCCCGUGUGUCCACAGACUACUGAUGGUUCAUGUGUCAUCUUGAUUGGUUGAGUAAUUGGUAUCUCCUUUCCCUAGAUGUCUGCCUGCUGUCUGGGGCUCAAAACUGCAGUCUCCAAUCCCUCGGUUGGUCGCUCUGUGUGGCCAGCCCCCCUUCCCAAUCAUAUUACUGUUAAUUAUCUGGGCACUCACCUUGACUCUGAGACAGUCUCAUCCUUGGAAGUUUCAGGAUAUAGAGGAACUUUCUGAGGAUCUGCAUAAAGGCUGCUAGCUUUGGUGUGCCAUCGAUAAUUCCGCUUCUCCAGGGUAGCUGAGAACUCAACCCUGACUUGCACCGUGGUCAUUGGUGCUUGGGUGCCUGGUGCCUUUGGCACAGGUCUGUUUGCUAGAAUAGCAGGUUAGUAGCUGACACAAUUGGUGGGGUUUAGGUGUUUUGAGGUCUACAGCAUGCAGAGAGGGUUGGUAAGAUCUGGGGUGGCUUUUCAGAGUCAGCUGCACUGUGUUGUGUCUUCCUGGGGAAAGGGGUGCUAUAUUUCAGAAGGAAGGUUUUAAAAAAAAUCGAGUGUAGCUGUUUCUACUGUCUGGAUUUGUGGUCAUUGACAAAAUUUGGUAUCUGUGGGUUUAGACCAAGGGAUAAUUUUGCUUAAAUUGUUAAGAGUGUUUUGGGCUUUGAAGAACUUAGAUACUACUUAAAAGUUUAUGACAGCCAAGUUUUUCAACAACUUGAAGUACUUUCUUUAGUCAUGCAAGUGAUCUAUCAUGGGGUACUCCAUCCGUUGAUCACGUUAACUUUGAUGUACAGAGGCCUUUAUUUAGGCUUAGAUAGUGUAUGUUAGAACAGUUUUACUUGGGAUUUCUAGUAAGUGUUAUUUUAUUCCCAAGAAGGUUCUGAAUUGCAAUUCUCAGAAUUACAGACUCUAAAGCCAUUGACCCACUGACCCUUUUUGCUUGACUUCUGUUCUUCAAAGUGGGCUCUCACCCAGCCUGGCACCUGGACUUAGGUGACUUUGUCUCAGAGUAACUGUCCUUUUAUGGUGGGAAGUUUCAAGAAUGUUGGGAAAACUGAAAUGAGCAGGCAAAUAUCUGUAUAUGGCUUUUUCCAGAUUCUGCUUGGCACAUGUUAUAAUGUGCAUUUGGAGGUCAGAGGAGAAGUUUGGAGUUGCUUCUCUCCUUCCAGUCUUAUUUUGGUUCUGGUUCAGCCUGCCGGACUUGUGCAGCACAUGCCUGUACCCACUGAACCAUUUGGCAGGCUCUGUUUUGUUAGUUUUUUUAAUAUUGUAUUAGGAAUAAUGGAAUUGAGAUGUAGUUCACGUGAUAAGAGUGCACAUAUAGCAUGCAUGAGGCCCUGGCCUCCUUCCUUUUUUCUCAUUAUAAAACCAGAUGUGGUGCCCAUCUAUGUUUUCAGCACUGGGAGGUGUGGAGGGAGGAGGAUCAGAGGUUCAAAUGCAUCCUGGGCUACAUGAGAUGCUGUCUCAAAAAAAAAAAAAAAAUCUUAUGGUAAAUGACACACCUUAAAACUCAGUAUCUGUGCUGCAGAGCCAGUUCCAAACUCAGCUUCCACUGCUGAGUUUCUUCAUCAAGUUUGCAAGACAACUGCUUUUACACUGAGAUAUCUUGCUGGCCUCUUUACUGAAUUUUCCCUUUUCAAGUUUGUUAGCAUAUACUAAUUAUACUCAGUGGUGCUCCAUUAUGGUGCUUUUAUACCUGGUUAUGAGGUAUUGAUUGUACUGGUCCCCAUUACCUCUUUCCAUCUCUCCUGCCCUUGCCUGCUUGCCCCCUUUCUCAGCCAGCUCCUUGUCCACUUUCCGUGUCAUUUAUUUACAUGUAUUUUUUUUUUAAUAACUUACUGAUUUUAUUUAGGGUUAGGUUACCUAAAGGAGUAUGGAUGAAGGGUCAUUUUCAGGAGUAUGUCCAACUUACCAGUGGCUGCAUCACUGAAGAACACUCCCUCUCCAACAUGAACUACCUAGAGAUGCUCAGAUUCCUUAAGCUGAAAGGCCUGAGCUCCACACCCUUGUGGUAUAGCUGAUUGGCCCAGUCUUGUGCAGAUUUUAGGCAGACAGCUGCUAAAAUUCAAGAGUGAGACAGCCAUGUUAUAUCUAGAAGUGUUCUGUAGCUCCCCUCUUCUUCCCAUUCUCUCCGCUGCAGCAGUUCCUUGAGCUGCAGAGGGAGUGAUAAAGAUGCCCUAUUUAAAACUGGGUGUGGUGAUGCAUGCCUUCAAUCCCAGCACUUGGGAGGCAGGCAGGUGGAUCUCUCAGUUGUCCAGCCUGGUCUACAGAGCCCAGGACCUCCAGGGCAACUCAGAAAUCCUGUCUGGAAUAAAGAGAAAAGAAAAGGUGUUCUUUCUAGGGUGAGCAUUGGCAUGCGUGUGUUCUUCCCAGCACUUUGAUGGUUACAGUCUCUGGGGCAACUAGUCCUUCAAGAAGCAACUGACCAGAGCUGACAUCAUCACUGUUAGGAGGCAUUAGGUUAGCGCCAGGCUUUUGCAACUUUGCACAGUAACAGCAGGUGGUUCCCUACCUGUGUUGGUUUUGUUUUUAAAGUAGGGUCUGUAUCCUUGACUGGCUUGGCACUCUGCACUGGGAAGAGUUGAAAUUACUCUCCCGUGGUUCAAGUGGAUAGGUUCUCUCUUCAUCAAGGUGUUGUUGGCUGUGUACUUUACCUUCUAUCACCAGAGAUUUCAAAAGCUGCUUAGAUUGCAGGCGCCGUGGCACUUCUAAGACAAACACGUUGUUCUUUGUAAAUGAGUGCCGAGCCUAAGAACAUUACUCUCAACUUCUUGUCCGACUUUAACUGGAUGCCCCUUUUCAUGUAAAUGUGUUUGAUAAUGUAUGUUCUUCCUGCCAUGCUAGAACAAACAGGUUAUUUUUCUCUGUCACCGAGUGUGGGCUUUUUCUUCAAACCUCAUGGACACUGACUGUAGGUUGGUUUUACAGUUUAGUUGGUUCUGACACUGUCUACAUGGAGUUGUAGUAUCAGAUCCUGGAGACACAAACACUUCAUGCCGAGUUGUGAGUCUAGGUUGUCAUCUUUGUAACCCAUAGGCUGUGCUUUAUUAAGUUUGAUGAUUUUUUUUCGAAUACCUUGGACCUCAGGAAAGGUGUGUAUUUACGAUAUUUUUGGUUUAUUACAAAGGCCCUCUGGGAUACCUACCAUUGUUCUCACCUACAUGGAAACUCUGAAGAGAGUUGUUUUAGUGAGCCUUCCUUACGUGGCAGGAUUGGGUACACUGUUGGCCGUUGGUGGCUGAGUUUGCAACCCUUUUUCCCUCUCUGGAAGUUUGGGUUACAGGUGGAAAAUUCUAAGCUUCUCAUUUGGCAAUUACCAUUGACAUGUGGUGUUUUUUGGUUGUUAGUACUCCUGUGUACACAUUAUUCAUGAGAGAGAGGACCUGGUGUUAAGAUUUUGCUUCAGCAAUGACCAAAUUUCUUCUUAAAAACAGUGUUGGUGAUAGCAGUUGGCAGAGUCUUUUCAUGUCCCUUCUCCACACAUGGUAAUUGCUGCUUGUUAUUUUAGACUCAGGUUGUCCUGAUACUUGAGCACCUCCUGCCUUACCCUCUUGUGAGUGCUCAGAUUAUCGGUGGCCCAAACCAUCAGGCCUGAUGUCUGAGAAAUUGAAAUGCCCAUUUCUUAACCUCUGUGAUACAAUAUCUGUCAUUGGUUUAGGUGUGCCCGCCCCACUCACACAGCUCAGGCUUGCCUCGAGGGCUUUGUCCUGCCUCUGCAUCUUCAGUGCCAGGUCAGAGGCACGCUCUACCAUGCCUGCUUAUGUGCGUGUUUGUUUAUGGUAGAGCAUUUAUUUCAGUGAGGUCUAUGACCUUGAUCAGGGUAUUGUAUUUUGCUGGCCUUUUCAGUUUCCAGUUGAUGCUUCCGUGGUGAUGCAGGCGUGGCUUCUGCGGCAUGCUGUGUGGAAGGCAUGAAAGAGCCCACGGAAAGCACAGUACUCAGUCGGGUUUGCUAUGCUGUGCCCACUCAGUACAGUGCAUUUUUAUGCCAAUUCAGCAUCUUAUAAAUGAUCUUUGGGAUAAUUAUUGAAGGAUAAUCUUGUUUGGAAAUUAACCUCCUGAGAACUAUAUUAAAGAUCAGUAACCAUCGUGGGUGGGCAGUUAGCUUCAAUUAACAAAGAUGGACUUCCAGAAGAGAGAGAAUCUCCCCCAACUCUGUAUUACUGUGAAAGGUUUUGUGUGUUGGUGAAUAUUUUCUAUAGUCACUGUAUCUUGUGCAUGUUUUGAGUCUCCGAUCGUUUGACCCUAGCUUGUAGAGUGAAGGGUCAGCUGUGAGUACUUAACUGAUUUCCUGAGUGUGUUCUCACCAUAGUCAGGGUCCUGGUCGCAUGUGUAGGGAGAGAGAGUAGGUAACCUAAGAACCUUUCUGUUGUCUGGUCUCCAUUUCUUACCUUAUUUUUGUUGUUGUUAAAUGUAUAUGUGGGUGUAUUGCUUUCCUUUAUGCAUUUCCACCAUAGCUGGAGGAGCCAUAAAAGGGUGUCAGAUACAUUGGAACUGGAGUUACAGAUGGCUAUGAGCUAUAUGUGAUGUGGAUGCUAUGAAUUUAACCGAGGAAGAUCAGGCUGUGCUCUUGAUCACUGAUCCACCUCUCCAGCCGCCUGAUCCUUUUUAGCAACGUGGCAGUAAUCUCCACUUGGUGACUUUCCUGGAGCACUGGGGUAGGGAGGAGCAUCUGCUAUCCUAGAAACGACUGCAUUUGUUUAAUUUUUUUUUCUUUACUAAACUAACCACCAUAAUAAGAUAACUUAAAGAUGAUCUGUGUCUCUAGAAAACUUGAAUGAAUUAAAUUAGUUCAGUCAAAAGAGCAGUUCUACUUUCAGAAUGCUGUUCUUUAUCUGACUUUUCAAAGCACUCAUUGUCUUGGCGAGGGGACUGCAUUUCCUGAUGGUUUUAAACAGGAGUUGGGAGGAGCCUAGACUGAUGGUUCCUCUGGAAGAUAAGAAAGAAUGUUGCAUUGUUACCAACGUGGCUGGCCUAUGAAAGACUAAUCUGAAUGCCGUGUAUCAAUGUGGAAACAGAAUUUUUAUGGAUUGGGAACAAAAAAAAUCAUAAGGCAAGACAUUUUCAAGUAUAUUGGUGGAAAUAUCAGGUAGGCAAGCUACAGCAAAGAUGGUAAUCUGUUACAAGUUUCAAGUACUCUAUGAAGACUUUCUGUAUGUAUAUUCCAAAAGGUUUUACAUCGUGAGGAAGCUAGGUCAGACACUUAGGGGGACUGUGAGUGGUCUGUAAAGGGACUAAAGCUACUCAAGAUAGAACUUGGCAUUUUGGCUCUUUCCACAAUCAUGAAGUUGUAAUUAGUCAGCAGUAGGUGUGGCUUUUUUUUUCUAGGAACUUUACUGCACAUUAUUUUGCGGUAAAAGGUCCUUGUCAUGUAAAGCAGACAUAGCUUUCGUAUCUCGUCCAGCAGUCCCCUGGGAAGAUGAGGAUGGGAGGAUCCCCAGCAGCUCAUGGGGUCAGGCACAGCUAAAGAAGACAGACAGGGCAGGGUGAAGACUGAUGGACACUCCAGGCUGCCCUCAGAUUUCUGCACCCCUGUUCUGCAUGCUCGUAAACAAUGUAUAUACACACGACAACAGAAAACAGAAGACCCGUGCUUCAAGUCCUCAGUUUCUCUUAAAGAGUGCUUGGGAUCCCGUGUGUUUUUGCUGAACUUGUAAAGGAGACAUCUGGAUGGUGGAUUAACACGAACCUGUGGGCAGCCUCAUAGCUGAGAACAUUGGAUUUUCACCCUAGUCCAGCAGCUCUGCUGCUCACAUAGAUACAGAUGAAUGAAGACCCCAUUCGGGAAGACACCUGGCCAACGGUCCAGAGCUGAUGCAGGCCAUGCUGGAGUAUCUGCAAACAUGAUGAAGAAGAGGACAUCUCACAAAAAACAUCGGACCAGUGUGGGACCAAGCAAGCCUGUGUCCCAACCCCGGCGGAACAUCGUAGGCUGCAGGAUCCAGCAUGGAUGGAGAGAGGGCAAUGGCCCUGUUACCCAGUGGAAGGGGACUGUCCUGGACCAGGUGCCUGUGAAUCCUUCCCUGUAUCUUAUAAAGUACGAUGGAUUUGACUGUGUUUAUGGACUAGAACUUAAUAAGGAUGAAAGAGUUUCUGCACUGGAAGUCCUCCCUGAUAGAGUUGCAACAUCUCGGAUCAGCGAUGCACACUUAGCGGACACAAUGAUCGGCAAAGCAGUGGAGCACAUGUUUGAGACAGAGGACGGCUCUAAAGAUGAGUGGAGGGGGAUGGUCUUGGCACGGGCGCCUGUCAUGAACACAUGGUUUUACAUCACCUAUGAGAAAGACCCUGUCUUGUACAUGUACCAGCUCCUCGAUGACUACAAAGAAGGCGACCUCCGCAUCAUGCCUGAUUCCAAUGAUUCGCCUCCAGCAGAAAGGGAGCCAGGAGAAGUUGUGGACAGCCUGGUAGGCAAGCAAGUGGAAUAUGCCAAAGAAGACGGCUCGAAAAGGACUGGCAUGGUCAUCCACCAAGUAGAGGCCAAGCCCUCUGUCUAUUUCAUCAAGUUUGAUGACGAUUUCCAUAUUUACGUCUACGAUUUGGUGAAAACAUCCUAGAUGUCAUCACAAACUUUGCCAAAUUUGUGGAACUAUUAAAUGUAUAAUUUGUAGACAUAAAGACUUGAUUGCUUUCCAGUUUAAUGAAAGCUUAGAUGUCCCUGCGAACCCACAAUCUCCACCAGCAGAGCUGGUGUUGUUCUGAAUAGUGCAGACUGAUUCGAACACAAGGCAUCUGUGAGGGGAGUCCUCCCUCUUCAAAGCAUCUGUGUGAGGGGGUCUUCCCUCUUACAAGAAAGCUGUCUGUUGGGGGUUACAAGCAAGGUGGUAAACGUUAAGCUAGUAUCAUAGUCAUUUAAACCUGGAUAGAUUGUAACCAUUUUCCCUUCACUCUGACACUGUCUUAUUCUGCUGCCACAAUGCAAGCAUAGUUUGUUAUUUUUGUUACUGCCUUUUUUGAGAGAUUAUGUAUCUAUAUAGCUACCUGUCUAGAUCUGCAUCUGUGUGCCUAUGUAUAUAUUAUACACACACAGAGGCACUCACCGCUGGCUCUCCUUUCCUUGGGGAUUGGGGUGGGGGUGAUAACGUUUUCUCCAGUUCAACAGGAGUGCUUGACCCAAGUCAGUCAUAUUUAUAAUAUGCCUGCUCUUUGUUUAAAAUUAAAUUUGGGCACAGGAAGCACACAGAGACAUUUAGGUUGUUUAAAAAGUCAGAAUUUCUGAGUACCAUUUCAGUCUGGAGGCUUUUAGCUGAGUCCAGGUAUAAAUUAGCCAUAAACAGUCAAUGACCCACAGUAGUCUUUAGUAAACUGUUGAGAAAUCUGGGUAAAAGGCUGCCUUCAAUUCUAAGCUUUGUUUUUUUGUGGUUUUUGUUAUUAUUUGUUUCUGUUGUUUACUCUUUAAUCGUAAGUACUUUUAAACCACGACCCAGGUCCUUGGUUCACAUGGAAUAAUAAAGAUGUGUUUUUAGAUGGCACAUUGGUCCAUUUGUACACACCUGUCAUCGGGAUCUUAGUACAUGGACUUAAAAGGCAACACUACAUCAAUGGUUUGUAUAUGUGGUGAAUUCCUGCAAGAACAGUGCAUUUGUAUUAGAAAUGUAAGUUUUAAGGAUGGCCUUGUUGCCUUCUAUCAAGUUCUCUGGGACUUUGUAAUUUUGAUUACUACUAUUGAUACAUGGUUAUGGUCAGAAGGCCUCUUCUCCCUUCCUCCCUCACUCCCUCUCCUCCUAGCUUUCCCCACAGAGAAUGUUAGACCAGUAUGGCUUCUUGCCUUGAUCCUGUUGUGGCAGUGUCUGUUCCUGCCCCAGGUGUGCUAUUCACGCAGGUUUAUUCCCUCCAUGGCCUCCGGGCUUUGCAUGUCUAUGAUGUGUGUGUCGCUGGGAAGGUCAUGCUUGCCAGUUAUGGGUGGAUCGCAGCUCUUCGCCAUCAAGUGCAUUCAGGAUUAUUCCUGGGAGGUUGCUUAAAGCUGAAAUAGAACUGAAAUGCAGUUGGUAGACUAGCCAAACAUCUGCUUGCUCUCACUUUGUUUUGGAAGAACCAUGGUAGCUUGUCAGCUGGUAGAAAGAUGGUUUGUAAAAACCAGUUUCUCACGGAGGUUGAACCUAUCUGUGGCUGGACAGUCUUGGAUACUGUCAAGCAAACACCAGAGGCUUGGCCAAGUAUAGUUACAAUUACCUAGUUGGGGUUCUUCCUGAUGCAAGAAAUUUUUCACUGUUCGAGGCACAUGGUUAUUGGCUAUCCAUUUAGUUUUCACAGAGGCUGACCACCUUACACUGCUGGGUGGUCACAACUGCUCACCAUGUGAACAUAGUACCUCAGUUCUGUCCUUGGCUGCAAUCGUUGUGUGCUCAGUGUUUUCUCAUAGGCACCAGGGACAGGCUUCUCAAGGCAGUAUGAUAUACCCUAGUCUUUGGUGCCUCUAGUAUAUGUGACCAGGUGUCGUCCUGCAUGUAAAUCUCCGAGCUGAGUCUGACUCACAGCCCAUGCUGUCAUCUGUGGCACAAGUGGGUGUGAGUACGUCCUGCAUGCACUAACGGUGCAGAACAUGGCAUGGUGACUAGAAAGUAAAACUCCUUUUGAAGUGUCCCAAGGACUGGGUCAGUUAGAACCUGUCUGCCACUAUCUGAUGACUUACAUUGUGGUUUUCUACAAGCCACCUCAGUUAACUUUGGUUCCCCGUGGACUCCCAGGCUGGAGGAGGAAAGCGUGAGGACGGGGAUGAUUUUGAUCACGAUUCCAUUUAUUGCCUUUACAUAAGGUUGAGGGAAGGGGAAGGUUUGGUUUGUUUGUCUUUUAAUUGUUUUUUUUUUCUUUUUUUUUUUUUUAAUUCCCCCACCCCACCCUCUUUCUUUUGGUGGCUUCCACCACCCUUAAUGGUGACAGACUCCUGGGCCUGCCACCUUGGACUUCCCUUAGGCUCACAGUUCAGAUCUGCAUGCAUUGCUUGCAUUGUUCUGGUAUCUGAAUGUUGAUUCCUCAUUUAGGAGUUCAGCAUUAAUUUCCAAAAUUUUCAUGGGGCUUGUGGCAACACGGGCCGUGAAUCUGUGUAUAAAAUUUACUGGCCUUCUUCACUUACCUGCUCUAGUAUCGUAUCGUGUGUGCGUGCGUGUGUGACGUCAGGCUGCCACGUAAACUUCAGAGAAGAACCUUAAAGCAGACCAUCCAUUUUUGCAUGCUCUCUUCUAAGUAGAAUGUUCAAUGUAACUAAAACUAAAAUUGCAUGUCAAAGAGACCUAGGUUCUUUCUUUCUUUCUUUCUCUCUUUCUUUCAGUUUGCUUUUGGUUUCCUGUAUAUUUGCUUACUGUGCUGUUCUAGUGGUUGUAGGGUAAAGACGAACUGGUGAAGCAGUCGUAGCGCCGACCGAAGGUGAUUCCAGUUGUAUAUGUCACGCAGCAUUCGAAGGGACUGUGCACGCUCUAAAGAUCACAGUUGCUUCUAAGCCAGAUUUCAUUUCUAUUCUUGUUUUAUGUGCCAAACCCCAAAGUGCAUUGGGCCUGAAUCUCUGAACACUGUAGACCCAUUAGAAGGAAGAUUGUUCUGACCGUCACAAAUUGUAGUGCCUGAAAACACUUAACACUGAUUGUCUAAGAGAUGAAAGUCCUCCAAAGAUGACACAGGAAAAAUACUACAAGUAAUUGUGGUGGAAAUGUCUGUGUUCCUUGGGAAUGCUGCGCUCUCUGUAGUUUCCAUCAUUGGUGCAGUUCGAACGAAUGAGUAGAGUUCAGAGGUCUUCGUGUUCACAUUUAAAACUAGAUAAAUGACCUCAUUUUCUUGAGCUUGAAUUCAUUUUUAAUUUUAAUUUUAUUUUAUACAACGUGUAGACGGUUCCCUGUUCUCUGCAUUUAGAAGUAUACACAGUACAACUGUUAAUUCUGUAAGUAAUUUUUAUAAUUAUGAUGUAACUCUUAUCCUUCCUUAAAACAUUAAAAUAAACCCUUUAUGUGCAAC